UAAAUUACUACGUUUUGAUUUGUCAAUGAAAGUACAUAUGGUGUAGAAUUAAAGCUGGAUUGUGAUUGUUGUGUUUUACUAUGUUCUGACACAUUUUCAGUUCCUACUUCGUAAAGAUUUUGAUGUUUAUAUUUUGAUUAAGUAAAUGAAACAAUGAAUUUUCAUACAAUAUUAGCAGUAGUGUUUGCUGUUUUAGGAUCAGUUUCCAUCGUAACAGUGUUAAUUUUACUAGGUUGGUUCCUUAUCUGGAAAGCAUUUUUAUCAAAAUUCCGACUAGUUCGUGAAUUGCUGGGUCAAGGAAACGGUGAUGAGGUGCAACCUAUAGAGCAACAACCUCAUAUAAGAGCGAAAAAAAUACGCCGAGACUAAAAUCAGUAAACUGUGAGCAGUUUACAGAUAAUCGAAAAUAAGCAAAGUAGUUAAA